CUCCUCAAACAAUUAGUUAUGAAAUACCAUUAACUUUAGUGUGUUAUCCAUACUUCCAUACAACUCGACAGUUAUUGGGUUGGUACAUCUGACAUCCACUAAUUGAUAGAUCCACCAUAUUACUCACAAGGAAUAUUCAAGUUUAUUCUAGAGUCUGAUGGAAAUGAUUGGCUCACCUCCAGCUAUAUGCAGUUAAGUGAUUCUACUGCUGCUACAUGCAGUCAAUCUUGCUUGCAAGAUUGUUCAUGUGCUGUUGCUAUUUACAGCAAUCAAACCUGUCAGAAAAAGAAGUUUCCGCUCUCAUAUGGGAGAGAAGAUGACAACUUGAAUGCAACAACCUUCAUCAAAUUGACGACAGUUAAGAAGAAGAAGAGCGGGACCACUUCGGUACAUGUGGGAUCAGUUCCUCUGGGCACCUCUGGCUUUGUUAGUUUUAUGUUAGGUAAUGCACUUUGUCUGGGACUUUUCUUUGGUUUCCGGAAGAAACAUGCAUGGUUUCCGCAAAAUGAUUUGGACACAAAUUUGCAUUCUUUUAGUCACAAAGAGCUUGAAGAAGCAACAAAUGGAUUCAACGAAGAAUUAGGGAAGGGUUGUUUUGGAAUUGUUUACAAAGGGAUAAUACAAAUUGGUUUGGGUGUCCAGGUGGCAGUGAAGAAGCUCAACUGCGUGAUACAAGAAGGUGAGAAGGAAUUCAAGACAGAACUGAACAUAAUUGGUCGGACACAUCACAAGAAUCUGGUUCACCUGGUUAGAUAUUGUGAUGAGGGACAAGAGCGAUCACUAGUAUAUGAAUUCUUGAGCAAUGGAACACUAGCAAGCUUCCUUUUUGGUGAUGAGAAACCCAGUUGGAGGCAGCGAAUGGAAAUUGCUUAUGGUGUUGCCAAAGGGCUUCUGUAUUUGCAUGAAGAGUGUACCACGCAAAUCAUCCUUUGUGAUAUAAAGCAUCAGAACAUUCUUCUUGAUGAUAAUUACAUUGCUUGGAUCUCUGAUUUCGGCUUGGCGAAACUUUUGAUGACGAAUCAGAGCCAGACGCAUACUGCCAUUAGAGGAACAAAAGGGUAUGUUGCACCUGAGUGGUUUAGGAACAUGGCGAUCACUACCAAAGUUGAUGUGUCUAGCUUUGGAGUUGUGCUGCUAGAGAUCAUUUGCUGCAGGAGAAGUGUUGAUAUGGAAAAUAACUGUGAAGAGAAAGCAAUUUCGACUGAUUGGGUUUAUGAUUGCUACCGAGAGGGAGCGUUAGAGUCUGUUCUGGAUCACGAAGUCGACGCCUUGGAAGGUGAAAUGAAGCUGGAUGUGACUGUCAUGAUUGCUCUUUGGUGUAUUCAAGAAGACCCAUCUCUUCGACCCACGAUGAGGAAGGUUGUACAGAUACUUGAAGGAUUAGUGGAAGUACAUGUUCCACCAUGCCCACCCCAUAUAACAGAGUGGCGUGAAACUUGUUUGGUUUGUGUCGCAGUCAAAGAUUUACAGCCAGUACUAGCUAGCUUUUCAUGUUUAUUUACUGUGUGUUUUCUUUCAUGUGUGUUUAAUUUGUAGCUUUGUUCUGUGAUCACUUGGAUUUUGUUUGUCCUUCAUCAUAAGAGAUCAUUAUGAUUUCAUUAGGAAUAAUAAGGUGUGGUUGUAAAACAUAUACCUGCAGGUUUUCAUUAGAAAUUAGCUUCAGCUUC